CCUAUCAAGCACUGCAAGACGCGAAUCUGGUCUCCACUCUACUCACUCAAUCCUCGUUUGUACAGACAGGCGCCACUAGUUUUUGUUCCGCGUCCACUUCUGCCAACUCUUCCGGAUCUGGAUCCAACCCAAACAAUCAAUAUCCUCCUCAGGCUACUGUCAAUUUGGCUCCAAUUUUCGCCCAUCAUCAUCAUCAUCAUCCUCAUCAAACGGACAACAGCGCCGAGACACUAGGUUCACAGAACGCGGAUGGGUACCCACAGUCUUCUGCGCCACGUGGUNGCAACGUAGCUCGCCUUAUUUCAUUGAAUCAGCCCAUUCCAGCCGCUUGGUCCCGUUCGACAAAGUCCGGAGCCACGGCUAAUACUGCUCCGGGAACCUCAUACCCCAUGCCUGUUCACGUCAGUUCUCGUGCCGCACACCAACACGCCCAAUCACAGCAUGCACCCAUUGUAACAGUAUCCUAUCCGCCUCAUCCACAGACUUCGACUGGCGGUAGCACUCCUACUUCCACAUAUUACUGUCCGUCAUCAGGUUCGAGUCGAGCUGUAAGCACAGCGCGUCACGCAGCCACAGCUGCGGCUUCUGCCAUACUGGAGGGUCAUACAGUUGGUCGCCUGGCGCACAGUUCCCGUGGGGGAGCUAAUCCCGGACGUCAUAGUCCACAUACAAGCGGAAUCAAUCAUCGCAUUGCACAACUGCAGCUGAACCAGACAGAUCGAUCUGUACAAUUGAUCCUGUUGCAAGACAUAAAUCAGAUUCUUCUCAUGGGUUUCGAGGAGACAUUGAUCAAUUUGAAUGUGCAUGGCUUGGUUCGAGCUGUGUUGGAAAUUCUUGAGUGUGAGGAUGACACUCUGAUCGAACUGAAAACACUUGGUUGUAAUGUGCUCACACACAUGAUGGAUACACUGCCGCGCAGCUCGGAUGCCGUGGUUCCAGCAUUGCCUCUUUUGCUCACAACCAUGUCGUCUAGUUUUGUCGGAGACAUACUUGAACGCAUUAUCAACCUGCUUGAACAACUCUCACGCCGUCAUGGUCGAGAGGUCUUGAAAAGUGGAGCGAUUGCGGCAGUGCUUGGGUUCUACGACUUUGUCACUCUGGCUCAGCACCGGACAAUCCUAACGAUGGUAUCAAAUUGUUUUGUCAGUUUGCAACGGGGAGAUUUUCCCCUGAUCGCGGAUAGUCUUCCCAGUUUGGCUGAGCGUCUGAAGGAAUCCGAACCGCGUUGUGUUGAGCGAGUAUGUACCUGUUUCGCCCGUCUCGUAAUGGCUUAUCGUGCCGAACCGGAGGUUCUGCGUCAAGUUGUGACUAGCUGUAAUCUGUUUGCCAAUUUGCAAAAUUUGUUGAUGACCUCACCCCCAAUUCUAUCCGGUGUCCGUGAUGUGGUUCACAUGCUCGCCAUUCUGUGUUCCUCCUGUCCCUACUUAGCUGUGGAUUUGAUUAAACACAGUAAGUAA